UGACGAGGCGCCAGUGACUUUGACAGACGCGAAUCUCCAAGUAUUUGAAGCUUUUAGUCAGCGACUUUUUUCCUUCCCACCAUCUCUAAUCCAAGAGACCAUGAUGACAAAGUUGUAGACUCGAAUUCUUUCUCCCGACUUGUCUGGAACUCGAAUUUCCCUUUUGUCAGAGAUCCUGAGUGCAAGAUAAACUACCGCCGAGGAUUCAAAACCAUGUCUGGGGUUCGCAAGAGAAGGAAAACAGGUUGCCUGACCUGCCGCCAAAGGCGCAUCAAAUGCGAUGAGCGCAAACCCACGUGUGAGAGAUGCGAGGCGUCAAAUAUCCAUUGUGCCGGAUACGAGCAGAUGCGAUAUAUCGACGUUCGACAGCGUGCACCGGGAGAAUCUCCUCAGAACCAGACUCCUUCAGACAGUGCUACUACGUCAACACGCUCUCCCGCCCAGCCGGUCGCUCACUUUGAACGGGAUGGGCUCCCCCUGAUAGCUCUACCGAACAACCCCACGCCCACACAGCGGCCACACUCAAGGGCACGAGAUAUAUUGGCAUACCACCAGUACCUUUUCCGUACAGUUCCUGUGUUGUUCCCGGCUUGCUAUUUCCCUUUCUGGAGGGACAUGCUUUGCCAAGAAGCAUGGGAGGUCGAGUGUAUCUACGACGCAAUCAUCGCUCUCGGUUCCUUGCACAGGGCGUCCUUGCUCUUGGCACGUUCAGAGGACAACGCCCAGAGCAGAGGUGCCGACACCAAGGUGACGGCGUUACAGACAUACACCUUGGCUAUAGAGGGCUUCUCCAGACAGCUGAAGUCGGAGCCACCCGCACCGGAUGUCCGAGUUGCAGUUCUGUUGCUGCUGGUAUAUUUCGAGUGUUUCAAUGGCAAUAUCCCCGCUGCCAUUCGACACUACCACAUCGGAAAGUACUUCUACCUCAAUCUGUCCCUCGAAGAAGGGAACACCGAGUCAUUAUUGCCGAUCAAGUCUGCCCUGCGGCAUGUGAGUUUCGUCUGCCGGGUCGUCCUUCCUCUCCCCAUCGGCCUGUUCGGCGCCGAGAACUCCUGCAGGCUUCACCCAGACGAGAGACGGCGAACGCACUUUCUCGGACGAGACAAGGACGGAUCUGUCCUGUCCGAGUAUAUGCAUCAACUCCUGGACGUCUUCUCGGCGGAAGAGUUCGUCGCCGAUCUGGUAUGGAGUCCUUUCGUCAAGAGCCUCGAGGAGAUUCCAUCGGACCGGAUCAAAUCUUUCCUUCUUGAAGUGGAGGAUUGGAAGAGCAGGUACAAUGACCCUUCACUGAAGUCGGCCGCCCAGCAAUACCCCUCGGGACUCAGUCGGCGGGACAUCGACGGGCUCUUGAGUACGCAGUUGCAACGGCCGCAACACACCUACCAGUCGGCGUUGACAGCGGCGCUGUAUCACUUCUGCAUGGCGAGGCUGAUGUGGGCGCUGUCCCGUGUCAAUGCCGACGACGAGGUGUACGAGCUUUCCGCCUACUUUCACGUCAACGAGGUCAUUCAGUUGUCCAAUUAUUCAGACACGGCGGUCGCUGCCCACGGCCGUGGCCAAGACCAGUGGGUGUUUGGAGAGGCGUUCGAGGUCGGCUUCAGCGCCAUGCUCUACCUUUGCGCGCAAUGCUGUCCGUGUAACCUGUGGAGGGACUUUAUCAUCGAACGCCUCCAGCUCAUCGGCCGCGAGGGUUUGUACAACGGCCCGGCCUUUGCGACGGCGUUGACAGUGGUCCGCGCGUUCGAACCGGUGUCAAACACGGCGGCAUUGCACACGAGCAUGCUCGGCAGGCUCGGUCCACCUCGGUCGCGUGUCAUCCCCCUGCUUUUCACCGAGAAGGACGGGCGCGGUUUCAAACUCUUCUUGCUCGGUCCCGCGCCCGACAGGAAUGAUCCGGUGCUUGGAGACUACGAGGUACUUUCGCAGUCCGCAUGGGCCACUGAUGAACAUGGGGCGAUGCAGGAACCGAUCGUUGAAGCCUAUGGAGACAAUACGACUUCGCCGGGAAGCCCGGCAAGCCCGGGAAGGCCUGGUUCCGAGUGGCUGCUAAGCCAACCCAUCAUCACCGACUGGAUGGACACGUUCCGAAGUUCCGAGUUCGACGUCGAGCUGGCCGUUCGGGAUCACAUUAAUGGAGUGCGGUUCUGAUGCCACAGGAGAUCUACUGUACAGCUUUGCCGUCACUGGCUACGACCAUGCGAUUUCACCAAUCACCAUACAUCUCAAUGCUGCUGAUUCAGAGCCGGUGCUGCACCUGAACAGCCCCACGGAGACAAAAAGCCCUAAAUGCGGCAUAUCUACGGUCAGACAAACGUGCCGAUCAUCUAUCUCACAACAGGAGUCUUUGGGGGUUGUGGGACGUCAGCCGGGGUUAAACUCGACGAGAGGCAAGAUUUGCAAAUUCUCCCAACAUCCUCAAUAAUCAUCGCCUGUCGAGCCGUAGAGGUGAGUUCCUGUCUCGAGAAUGUCAAUCUCGUCACCGACUUCUAUGUACAACCCGGCACCACCCCGCUCAACAGCCUCUUUCAACGUUGAGUCUUCCGGCACGCAAUGCAUGCCUAGGUACCCAAGUGCCGCCGCGUUGCCAUUCUCCACGGUCCGAUGGCUCACCAACGUCGUGCUCGGCUGAGGUUUCCCUUUCUUCUUGUCUGGACGAGGGGUAUCUUCCUCGAAGACGCCCUUUUCGGGGAUGACGUUGGGCAUCGUGCACCUGGACGUACGGCAGACCACGGAGAACAAAGGAGCAACCUGCGCUCUACGUCUUGACGCUACGGGUUUGGGUAUGAUCCUGUACCGCUUCCACGUUUCCUCCGAGAAUGCAGGGGCGCCUGCGCAGUAGAUGUUUGCGCGGAAUCGUAGCGCAUUGAGAGGCUGGUUCUCUCGUGGUAGCAGCUUGGAAGUGGCAUGCACCGAAGGCAGAUUGACGAUGUGCACAGGCUGUUGAUCCGUGUACCCGUGGACCGCGGGCGUGCCGAUGUAGUCCAGGGGUGCGAGAUUCCUGGUAGUACGGACCAAGGUGUCUGGCGUACACCUCAUGAUGGUGAACCUCUGACGUUCCGGGAUCUUGAGGAAUCUCUUGAGCUUGGGGAGUGCCGCAACCACCGUCGGCAGUUGUCCGAAAUCGAGACCUGACGCCUGGCGACUGUGGAUCGUGAACGACUUCAACGGUGGACCUGGUUGACGACCGGCCGGUGGACCGUUCGAUGGAUGCAAUGGGACAAUGAAGCGGACGUGUGGGGUUGCGGACAAUGACCGCGCCUCGAUCACGGCCUUCACGCGCCCGAUCGUACUGCCGGGAGCGUCGGGGUCAGGAAAGCUCACGACGAGACAGCCGCCCGCCUGCACCAGCUGGUCGUCUUUGCUGCUCCGGUCGUCGGGGAGCCACAGUUCUUGCCUGACGAGGGACAUUCGUGGCUUCGUGCGCUGGCUGAUGAAUUGCCACUCGCCCCCUUGAGUGGCCUCCACGGCGAGGGCGAAGCACCUGUCGUACGCAAAGCCGGUCUUGGUGAGCAGGGCGCGCUCCAGUUCGAUGGGUGCGCACGACUUGACGGGAUAGACGUGGAGUGCCUUCACGACGAUCGGUUCGUUCUGCGGUGCGCCUUCUUCCUUUUCGUAUCUCGCGUCGAAUUGGUCCGCGAGGUUGCUCUUCUCCCUAGGCGGCACUCCUAGGCGUCGUAGAUGCCUGAGCUCCCUACGGGACAGGUAAACGUUGCCAGAUAGUACGAUGAUGAAGAUCAGGCCGCCGAUCAAGGCAUGCCUGAGGAUCGUCAGCACGACCGCCGUGACCUCGAAGUUGCUCAACACCUGGUUGAUCAUUUUCACACCGUCACGACGUGGAAGCGUUGAAUUCUGUAGAAUGGUCGAAUAUUGUCAUCCCACGCCUCAGAUCGCAGGGUCGACUGACGGAAAGAGAUGUUUGGAUCAAGAAAAUGGAAAAUUUGACGAGGUUUCGAGGGACGAGAAGCCCACGCCCUGUCGAUGACUUGGGCCACGGUUUGCCGAGAUGGUGACGCAGUACGACAAGCGCCAGGUUCUACGACCACUCCAGGUCCUUUGUUCUGUGUGCCAUCAAUCCAACAGAUCCCCGGGGGAAUGUCUUUUGCCUGGGGGUCACUUGGAUUUGUCGACCCUUGGUUAUUGUUGUAGAAGUCUUCGCUAUUUUCUUUUGACGUGGAAGGAUUUUCUGGCGCCAGAUCGUCAUCUGUCCCGCGAUCUUGUCCGCCGCACGCCCGGAGAAAAAGCCAUCCCGCACGGGUACCAUUGAUCCUCUCCGUACCGAGGCUCUCACGUCGACGUCGUCUCUCCUACUCUUUCUACCCGCCACGAUACCCAUACGUGUAGUGCACAUCUGGAGCGGAGCGAAACGUGACACAUGAUAGAGUUAUGCUAUAUACACUCGUGCAAUGAAAGAUUUACGCCACGGCCGGAUCGGCGGCAAUGGACCAGUCCUGGGCGUCAAACUCCCGUCUCACCGCGGCGGCAAAGUCGUCGUCCGCCAGCACCUGCAGCGCCGUCGAAGCCAUGGCCCUGCCACACCUGAGCGUCCGAUCGUGCGCGUCCUGCGUUCGCACCGCGGCGGCGUAGUCUGCCGUGUGUAUGGAGCCUCCGGGGCUGACGAUCUGCGCCGGGUCAGGGGAAAAAGCCUGUCUUUGUCUUGACGACGCGGACACGAGAAAAACAAACGUACCUCGAACGUGGGGUGGAUGCUGGGAACGACGUAGGUCACGUUGCCCAUGUCGGUACUGAAGCACUCGCGGUCCAUCUUCUGCUCGUAGGCGGGGCGGAACGCCACGCCCUGACGUUCCAUGUGCUCGACGAACUUGCCUGCGAGUCUAAUUUGGGGACCGAAGUCAGCUGUCAAGCUCCCUAAAGGGGGGUAACCUCCUCGGAGGGGCUCAAGGGAAAAAAAACCGAGGAUGUCAAAGUCUCACGCUUCGUUGGUCCGGAUGUCCCAGUACGCAGGGAGCCAGUCCGUCUUCAGCUCGCAGCCGGUCGCCAGCGCCGCGGCCUCCAUGCAAUUGAUAAACUUCCGCUUCAGGACACGAUACCUCUCCAGACUGGCAGACCGGACACAGUAGCGUGCUUUGGCGUAGGCCGGGAUCACGCCCGAGCGCUGGCCGGCCUGGAGCACGACGCCCCUGAUGCGGUCCGAGGGCAUGAUCUGCUGUCGAAGCAGGCCGAUGCUGGUCUGUAGCAGGGUCACGGCGUCGAGUGCGUUGAUGCCGUCCCACGGAGCCACCAUCGCGUGCGCGGGCUUGCCGAUAUAUUCGAUGGUCAAUUCGGACCCGCACAUCGAAGACACGUAUGCGUUGUCCUUGUUCCUACGCCCGUCCCCAGUCAGUCCCUGACAACCCACGAGCAGUCACGGAAGACAACUUCUGCCAUGUUUCCGGCUCUGAACUCACAUGGGAUGGACCAUCAAACAGCAAAACACGUCUUCGUAGGCUCCUUGGCGAAUCAUUUUGAUUUUCCCCCCACCUCCCUCUUCUGCCGGUGUGCCGAUGGCGACGAUGCGGCCGUUGAUCGAGCCCUGCUUGAUGGCCUCGGCCGUCCCAAUGGCAGCCGCCAGCCCCGCCGUGGCGAUCAGAUUGUGGCCGCAGGCGUGUCCAAUGUGCUCCAGUGCAUCGUACCUGGUCGAAAAGGUCCGUAAGCCACAUGAAUUGGGAGCACAAAAUCCCCUCGGUAGACCGGGGAAUGUCUGGCUGUAACGUACUCGAGAUUAAUCGCCACGGCGCGAGCCCCUUCGGGACCAUACGUGGCUUUGAAGGCCGUCUCGAGCCCAAAGGCACCGCGGUGAACUUCAAAGCCUCGCUGCUCGAGGAAAUCACUCAGCACCUUGUGGGCAUGACGCUCUUGAAAUAAAACCUCGGGGUGCGAAUGUAUCUGGGUGUUGUCGAGCGUCAGUUCGUCGCGUCCAGAAGCAUCAGGUUGGGACGUGAUCGUGGGAUGAAACCGCAACGGACAUGGCCACACCAGCGACCGACAAAGAUUGUAUGCUGUUAUCCUGAGACCGACUUACAUCCCAAUUUAUAUCCCUCAGCUCGGGAGACGCGAUCGUGAUAGUUUCGUCGGCAAUCUUUUGGUACUCUUGUAGUCCCAUGUUGAUGCAGAAGAAGCUGUCUAUCGGGUCAGCUGGUAUGAAUGCACCUUCGCGGCUCUUUGAGAAUUCUGAUUCCUGGACGGGCGUCGUUGUCGUCGAGGUCGUCGGCGCACAGAACUAGUCCCACAAUGAUCCUAUUUUCCCUCUCUGUGGUACUCGGCAUAAUGCCUUGAUUAUAUCAAGGAAUUGAGCCGAAUGUGUGAGGUUGGCAUCGACCAGUCUCUUCGGCGUUGCGGCGCCGAAUUGCCUAUCAUCAAAUCCACAAUUGGAGGAGGUAUGAGCCGCGCGGUUCGAGUGCCGAAUUACAAGUUCGGCGCCUGAUCCGUAGGUAUGAAUGCCGCUAAGAGAGUACUAUAGUGUCACUACUUACUAGGCGUCCGUAAUGCUGCAGACCUGAUGCUUGUAGGAUGCUGCUGCUGUUAUAAGGAGAACAUCCAAGGAUAAAGGGCGAUGUUGCAGAUAAAUCGAGUCAUGGAAUCGGCGAUGACCUUUUCUUGAUUCGACGUACAACGCAUUUUGUAUCUGGAUAGUAGUAUUGGGAAUGCCUCAGGGUCGACCUGAACAUGGAAGGGCCAUCGAGGCCAUCAUGUCGACUUUACAGGAAUACAGCUCUAAGUGCCAGAGUAGAGACGAAAAAACCCUCCAUUCCUCU